AUGGCGGUCGCUGCUCAAUGUGCGGCCGCUGCGUCGACGAGUCGUGCUCGCUCGCUGUGUGCCCCGUUGCUAGCGCAGGAACACGGCCACCAGCAGGGAGUAUUCGAGAUAUUCGCGCUGUUUGGGGCUGUUUGGGCGACGCAGUUGACUGGCGACGGGCGCCUGUGCGGGUCGCUGCUGUCGUUGGCGGUCGCUUUAUCUCGUCGUCUGCGCCAGUCCCGAGCGACGGUCGCUCUCCCUCCCUCCCUCCUUCUCUCUCUUUCUCUCUCCUUUUUCUCUUCUCCAAAAGGGUUGCCGCCAUUCCGCGAGCCCUCUCCGUCUGUCGCUCCCGCAGAGUCCAUGGCCGUUCUUGCCCAACAGGACUGGCAUCUACCUAGAGAUCAUACCAUGGACGCGCUGCCUUCUCCCUCUGCUGCCAUCAACCCGUCCGUCCCUCGCCAGCGCUCAUCUCCCGCAAACGACCAGUCCCAGGCACCCUCCCCCAUCUCCCAACAGCAGCCCUAUCCAUACCCGGUUCAGCAGCAGCAGGCAGGAUGGACGUCCCCCCAGCAGUACUACCCCGCUUUCUACGCAAAUCAGCAGCCGUAUCCUCUCCACGGUCACUCUGCUCAUCCUUCUCCCCAGCAAAUACAUCCCCAGAACCCGUAUUACGACCCUGCCAACGCCCAAUUUGCACAAUGGGCUUAUCAGCAGAUGAUGUUCAACGCUCAACAGGCCCAUCAAAUGUCCCAUACCCCCCCACAUAUGGCCAGUUCACGCAGUCGGUCCAGUACAGCCAGCUCUGGUGAUUACUUCGCGCUUAAUCAGGUUCCCGGCUUCAAUCCCUUCCCUAGCGGCACUCCCCCGCCUCAUCCAUCGCAGCUUCCCAACGGCUACUCGCCCACUGACCAUCAUCCUUCUUCACCGUACCAGGGCUUCCAUCCCUAUCGCCGUCCACAACGGCAUGGCUCAGGCAGUCAGGAUCCUUCCCAGAAUUCUAACCCAGAAUGGCGCUCCAGCACUCAAAUGAACUCCUUCCAGCCCCCAUACGCGCGUUCCGACGCCGCCGGCUCAUCCUCCUCCGUUAACUCGGGAUCAAGCAACUCGGGAAGCAACAGACCGCGUGCAAACAGCACGCAAGGGCCGACUGCUGCGGCCAGCAGCAGUGCUGCACCAUCCAGUCAUAUCUAUACCAAGUCUACCGGAAGCGGCAGCGGGCAUGGGCAUGGGCAUGGGCACGGUCGCGGCGGAAGUAUCACAUCUAUUAACUCACAGAAAUCCACUUCCUCCGCACAGCGGCCUGCCAAUCGAUCGACGCCUUCAUCGUCUGGGACCUCCCCAACACCGCGAGCUGCAUCGACUUCCACCGCCCCAUCCCCAACUAGCACGCAUGGCCCGCCAAAUCUCCGCAAGCCUUCCCCGUUGUCGCAGGGCAACUUUACUGCUACAGAAAAGCGCAUGUCUCGCGAUGAUAGCGAUCUGGCUGCUAUGCUCGAGCCUAAUCCCAAUUCGCCCGGCGUGCGCAGCGGAGGCUUGAAGGGCCGUUUGCGUCGUGCGCUCUCUCUCGGCGCCAACGCAACCCUGAAUGAGGAGGAAGAGGAUAGCGACGCGGUCCCGAAGAGUAGCUCGCGCUCCCCAGCCGCUUCAAACGUCUCGCAGGCCGUCCUCAAUGAUGAUGCAGAGUCUACCGCGACGGUGCAGAAGAAAAAAUCGCGCUCGCUUUUCAAUUCCCGUUUGAACCGCUCUACGGACAACAUUUCCCUAUCUUCUACAAUGUCCUCCGCCUCGAUGGUCAUUCGUAAGCUCGGCUCCAUCGGCAAGUUGACACGGCGGAAUUCUCUCGCAGGAAUUACCUCGCUAUUUAAGGACAAGAAGGAUAAGGAGGAUGAGGAGAACAGCGGCAAAAAGGGCAAGAAAAAGAAGGGCGAAAAGGGUCCCGUCGCGGAGGCCAGCGUUUCCCACGCUGGCACGGCAGCAUACACUCAAGAGUAA